AUUCAGAUAUAAAUUCUAAAUGUUUAUAUCUCCAUUUAUUUAUUUAUUUUGCAAAACAUAUUUACAGUCAAUCUUUACAGCUGUUGGAAAACUGAUGCAAAAUAAAACAAAUAAUUAAAAAAAAAUGACAAGAUUGUGUGAUUAUUUAAUAAAAAUGUCCCCAGGUAUAGUCAAAUGUUUUGUUUCGUCAUGAUUACAGUGUGGGAAACUUUUUUUGUUGGGUGUGUAAUCCAAGCACAACUUCCUCUCUUGUCCAUAAAAGGAGCAUUGAGUCACUGGCUGGAGGACGUAUUGCUCAACACGCCCUGUUCUCUGCCUAUAAAUCAGCUACCUGCAGCACAGAAACACAAGUUGGAAUCGAGGAAACAUGAAGACUUUCAAUCUGUGCAUUCUACUAAGCCUGGCAGUCACAGUUUACUGUGUGCCAAUAUCGCAGAUUACUGUGCAAGAUGAGAAUUUCGCAGAGAGCUACCUGAAGAGAUUCUUCAACCUAACAGAGGAGACUGGUCCAACUAUCAGACGGGGGGUCAGUCCGGUGACCAAGAAGCUGAGUGAGAUGCAGAGAUUCUUCGGUCUCAACAUCACCGGGACCCUGGAUACUGACACCAUGGCGAUGAUGAAGAAGCCCCGCUGUGGUGUUCCAGAUGGCAACAUUGCCCGUUUCUCCACGUUCGGAGGUAACCCGAAGUGGGAGAGAAACAGCCUGACCUACAGGAUAGAAAACUACACACCUGACAUGUCUGUGUCAGAGGUAGAUGCGUCCAUAGACAAAGCCCUGCAGGUUUGGGCCAAAGUCACUCCUCUGAGAUUCACAAGGAUCUACAGUGGCAUCGCUGACAUCAUGAUCUCCUUUGGACGCCGAUCACAUGGUGAUUUUUACCCCUUUGAUGGCCCUGAUAGCACUCUUGCCCAUGCCUUCGCCCCAGGACCUGGCAUUGGAGGAGAUGCUCAUUUUGAUGAUGACGAGACCUUCACUCUCCGCUCAAACAGAGGCUUCGUCCUCUUCAUGGUGGCUGCCCAUGAGUUCGGCCACUCUCUUGGCUUGUCUCACUCUGAUGAUGCUGGUGCUCUCAUGUACCCCGUGUACUCAUACAGGAACCCUGACACCUUCGUUCUGCCUCGGGAUGAUGUCAAAGGCAUCCAGUCUCUCUAUGGUCCAAACCCUAACACGGAUCCCUCUGUAGAUAAACCUCAGCCCCCCACCACCCCUGAUGCCUGUGAUUCCACCCUGGUCUUGGAUGCUGUUGCCACCCUGCGAGGAGAGAUGCUCUUCUUCAAAGACAGCAAGUUCUGGCGGAGCAAGAAACCUCAGCAAAGUCUCAUCACAGACUUCUGGCCCAAUGCCCCCACCAACAUCGAUGCUGCCUAUGAAAGCAGACACUCAGACAGAAUCUUUCUCUUUAAAGGUAGUAAAGUGUGGGCCUUCACUGGUAACGACAUUGUUCGUGGCUAUCCUAAAAGACUUACCUGCUUUGGUCUACCAAGAGGUGUGAGGAAAAUCGAUGCUGCCGUCUAUGACGUGGAAUCUGGCAAAACUCUGUUCUUUGUGGGCAGCUAUUACUUCAGCUAUGAUGAGGCCAGAAAGCGCAUGGACCGGGGAUCCCCCAAGCGAGUGGUUCGGACCUUCUCCGGCCUGACCAGCAGGGUGACUGCAGCUUUCCAGCACAGCGGUUUUACUUACAUCUACAGUGGACCCUACAUGUUUGAGUACAGCCUGAGGACGGGGAGGUUGUACCGCGUGCUGAGGAACAGCUACUUCCUGCGCUGCACCAACUAGAGCAGUUUACUAACUACAUUGUUAAAGUAGCUGCUCUGAAUGUACACUAACUGUGUUAAUGAAGUACAUUUUAAAUAUUUCU